AAAUCUUGCCUUACAUCAUCUGCUCAAACGCAGCGGUGAACCUGGCUGUAAACAAAAGCAGUGAACGCGAUGGCCAGUAGCAGCAACACCGAGUAACAAAUACAUAAUGAGCUCUAAGGAAAUGAUAUUUAGCGGCGCUAGAUUUUGGCUGCGUGCAGCGGCGGGCGGAAGAUGCACAGGCAGUUUUGGUGCAGUCGCGUUGUGCUCGGAUGCGCAAUCGGCAUGUUUUCCAUUCCCCGUUGCGCCAAGUUUUCACGCCUCAGCUAGCUCGCUGUCGCACGCAAAGCCGGCCGCGCCCAGCUCCGCCGACCGACGGCCCAGCCUCGAAGCGCAGCCCAAGCAGCCUAGCCGACACAGCAGCCCCAGGCGAAGGCGUGACACGGACCGCCAGCGCAGGGAACCCUCAGCUGCCGGCGGCGGCGACACAUUCAUUCGGCGUGGCCCUUCCUCGCCGGCAGCACGCGUUCCGGCGUACCCCAGCGCACCUGUCACGCCCGCCGGCCAGCCACUGCUGCGCCACGCACCUGGUGCGGGCUCAGCGCCGCUGCCUUCGUCCACGUCGUGCCCCAGCUUGGCGGCGCUGAAUGACCACGUGCAGCGUUACGGGCAUCUGUACAAACUUUCACACAUAGCGGCGGGUCUGCAGGUCCUGGCACAGCUGGUACCGGCGGCGGCGCCCCGGCACGGCCUUGCGGUCGUGCCGUCAGCAGCCCCGUCAGCGCCACACCAGGCCGGCUCUGCCGACAGCCCCACCAGCAGCAGCGAACGGGCCAGUGUCAAUACCAGCACCGCCAUUAGCAGUUCUCAAGAUGCCGCUGCCCAGCAGGUUGCUGCGCAGCCGUCAUCAGCAGAGGUGGCCCGGCAGGCCCGGCAGGUGGCUGAGCUGCUGGUUCUUGCAGGCCAGCACCAGCUGCGUCAGGAGGACGACCUCGCCUCAAUCAGUGCCUGCAUCGGCGCACUCGCACGCACCGGACUGCACGAAGAGCCUGCCGCACCCAACUCGAGGCCCGGAGGCGCCGAGGCGCAGGCGUUCAGUACGGCGGGCCGGGCGCAGCCGCAGCUGCAGUCACAGCCCUCACGUGCGCCGGCGGCGGUGCAGCUGGCGAUGCCGUUCGUGGAGCGGCUGCGUGCGCCCGCCUACUACUACCACAUGCGGUCGCAGCCGGCCGAGGUGCUGGCGCAGCUGCUGCACGCGCUGGGCAAGCUGCGGCCGUGGGCGUACCUGCCAGAGGCGGAGCGACACACAUUCGCCAUGGUGGUCGGCCGGGUGGUGAGCUCGCUGCACACCGUGCUGCCCGAGCUUGGGCUGCUGGAGGCAGUGGCGGCGGCGCAGGCCAUGGCGCGACUCCACCUGCCGGUGCGCGGCCACGACAGGAACACGGCGUUCCUGCAGGCCCUUGCACGCCGCCUGGUGUCUGGCAUACUGCCCAGCUCCAGCCCCUCGCCGGAGGACGCGUUCCGGCUGGUGUGGGCUUACAGCGAGCUGCUGCCAGGGGCCUGCGGCAUGGAUGACAGCGCAUACGCUGCGGCGCCAUCCCCAGCGGAGGCCCCAAGUGCGCCGGCAGCAGAGGCCGCGAUUGGGCUGCCCGGUGCCGAAGCGGGCACCGGGGCGAAGCCGGCGGCGCCGCAGGGUGGCCAUCAGCCGGCACGGUCAGGCGGCGGUGACGCGGAUGUGGCCGCGCUGGUGGCGGCCUGCUGCCGUGUCGUGCGCAAGUCGUUGGGCUCACCGGAGCCGCAAUCGCCGCGGCUGCUGGCCCGGUUGAUACGCGCACUAGGCAGGCUGCAGGCGCAGCGCGAGCUGCAGGCGCUGGUGCCACAGGCUGCCCCUGUCCUGUUGGCACACCUGCCCAGCCUCGACACAGGCAACCUGGUGGAUGUGACAUUCGCGUGCGCCGGCAACGGAGUGGCGGAGCGGGGACUCACGACUGCUAUCGCGGAUCAGAUCGCUGUGUCGGAGGGACCGCUGACCAUGGUUGAAGCGCAGCGCCUGCUCAUGGUGUACGGUGCCCGCGGUGCGGCACCGCAUGCCGGCCUGAGGCAACGGGUGCGCCUUGCUGUGGCGCAGUCACUGGACGACGCCGCCCGAGUUCACGAUCUGCACGGUCUGCUGCGAGUCUUGGACGACCAGGACGAGAUAGAGGCGGCGCUUGCUACCCUAGUGCGGGAAAGGCUGAAGACGUUGUCAUUGGGCUAGUGAGGUUGUCUGCUACGCGCCCUGGCGGCGCAUUUCCGUCGCCUGAUAUGCUACUCUGAGCGGCGCAGCCGUCAGAACGUCAUGUACUGUGGAGUGCUCGGAGCCGCUUGAGGAUGUGAGGGGUGUGUGGGGGGGGGGGCACGGAGUGGGGGCACGGUCAACGUCGGCACGUUCCAGGACAGCUCCAUGCCGCAGGCCAUGCCGCAGGCCAUGCCAGUGAGCACCUACC